UCAGUCGGUCCUGCUCUUAGUAACAUAAGUUCAGUCGGCCCUGCUCUUGUUAACGUAAGUUCAGUCGGUUUUGCUCUUAGUAACGUAAGUUCAGUCGGCCCUGCUCUUGUUAACGUAAGUUCAGUCGGUUUUGCUCUUAGUAACGUAAGUUCAGUCGGCCCUGCUCUUGUUAACGUAAGUUCAGUCGGUCCUGCUCUUGUUAACAAGAGUUCAGUCGGUCCUGCUCUUAGUAACGUAAGUUCAGUCGGUCCUGCUCUUGUUAACAAGAGUUCAGUCGGUCCUGCUCUUAGUAACGUAAGUUCAGUCGGUCCUGCUCUUGUUAACGUUAUUUCAGUCGGUCUUGCUCUUGUUAACAAGAGUUCAGUCGGUCCUGCUCUUAGUAACGUAAGUUCAGUCGGUCCUGCUCUUGUUAACGUCAUUUCAGUCGGUCUUGCUCUUGUUAACAAGAGUUCAGUCGGUCCUGCUCUUAGUAACGUAAGUUCAGUCGGUCCUGCUCUUGUUAACGUUAUUUCAGUCGGUCUUGCUCUUGUUAACAAGAGUUCAGUCGGUCCUGCUCUUAGUAACGUAAGUUCAGUCGGUCCUGCUCUUGUUAACGUCAUUUCAGUCGGUCUUGCUCUUAUUGGUCAUUUCAGUCGGUCUUGCUCUUGUUAA